UUCAAAGAUGAAAGGAUUAUUUUUGAAAAAUUUGUUGGAAUUCAAAGUUGAAUUAUCAAUUGCGAGAAUCUUGCUCAGAUGCAUUAUUGGGGUAUUUGCUUUAAAAUACGCAAAAAAUAAUAAUAGAAAACUUCCUUUACAUUGCCCUUUUAGCAGCGAGAGAUUAAGCCCAUUAUUUGGAAUUAUUUCUUCUUAUAAUCAAUCUUAUGAUUAA